ACUCGUGGUCACGACAGGAGGAGACUAGGCGGCCGCGCUCCCGCCCCGCCCCCCCUCCCCAGCUCGUCGCCGCCUCGGAGCCCCCUCCCAGCACCCCCAGCCUCGAGGCCGCUUGCCCAGACUCGCCCCAAACUUUUCCGCCCUAGGCUGGGGAGCCUGGACUCCAAGGCCUCCCCGCCGCCCCCUCUCUCGGUUCCGUCUCUGGUGGGUGGACUUGGAGCGCGCAGUCCCCCCAUCCGAGUCUCCCCCUCCAGUCUUUCUGGGGAGGGGCUCUCCGCGCUCGGGGGAGUUCCGGAGGGUCCCCCGCGCUCGCCUUUUCGUUGCGCGUCUGCACCUGGAUUAGUUGCUGAGCCGGGCUGCCUGCAGGAUGACCACGCUGGCCGGCGCCGUGCCCAGGAUGAUGCGGCCGGGCCCUGGCCAGAACUACCCGCGUAGCGGCUUCCCGCUGGAAGUGUCCACCCCCCUGGGCCAGGGCCGCGUCAACCAGCUCGGCGGCGUCUUUAUCAACGGCAGGCCCCUGCCCAACCACAUUCGCCACAAGAUCGUGGAGAUGGCCCACCACGGCAUCCGGCCCUGCGUCAUCUCGCGCCAGCUGCGCGUGUCCCACGGCUGCGUCUCAAAGAUCCUGUGCAGGUACCAGGAGACCGGCUCCAUCCGCCCGGGCGCCAUCGGCGGCAGCAAGCCCAAGCAGGUGACAACGCCUGACGUGGAGAAGAAAAUUGAGGAAUACAAAAGAGAGAACCCGGGCAUGUUCAGCUGGGAAAUCCGAGACAAAUUACUCAAGGACGCAGUCUGCGAUCGAAACACGGUGCCCUCAGUGAGCUCCAUCAGCCGCAUCCUGAGGAGUAAAUUCGGGAAAGGCGAAGAGGAGGAGGCUGACCUGGAGAGGAAGGAAGCAGAGGAGAGCGAGAAGAAGGCGAAACACAGCAUCGACGGCAUCCUGAGCGAGCGAGCCUCAGCACCCCAAUCAGAUGAAGGCUCUGACAUUGAUUCUGAACCAGAUUUACCACUAAAGAGGAAACAGCGCAGGAGCCGAACCACCUUCACAGCAGAACAACUUGAAGAACUGGAACGAGCUUUUGAGAGAACUCACUACCCUGAUAUUUAUACCAGGGAGGAGCUGGCACAGAGAGCAAAGCUCACCGAGGCCCGAGUACAGGUCUGGUUUAGCAACCGCCGCGCAAGAUGGAGGAAGCAAGCUGGGGCCAAUCAGUUGAUGGCUUUCAACCAUCUCAUUCCCGGAGGAUUCCCCCCCACUGCCAUGCCGACUCUGCCAACAUACCAGCUGUCGGAGACCUCUUACCAGCCCACAUCUAUUCCGCAAGCCGUGUCGGAUCCCAGCAGCACCGUUCACAGACCUCAACCGCUUCCUCCGAGCACUGUACAGCAAAGCACUCUUCCUUCCAACCCAGAGAGCAGCUCUGCCUACUGCCUCCCCAGCACCAGGCAUGGAUUUUCCAGCUAUACAGACAGCUUUGUACCUCCGUCUGGGCCCUCCAACCCCAUGAACCCCGCCAUUGGCAAUGGCCUCUCACCUCAGGUAAUGGGACUCCUGACCAACCACGGCGGGGUACCUCAUCAGCCCCAGACCGAUUAUGCGCUCUCCCCCCUCACAGGGGGCCUGGAACCUACCACCACGGUGUCGGCCAGCUGCAGUCAGAGACUAGAUCAUAUGAAGAGCUUGGACAGUCUUCCAACAUCUCAGUCCUAUUGUCCACCCACCUAUAGCACCACGGGCUACAGUAUGGACCCCGUCACAGGCUACCAAUAUGGGCAGUAUGGACAAAGUGCCUUUCAUUAUCUCAAGCCAGAUAUUGCGUAAGUGAACUGUCCACUUGGAGCUAUAGCUGGCCCUGUCUCUGGUCUCCACAACCUAGACAUGAAGAAUCUUCUCAGAACAAAAUGUCUCCCUUCUGGGGGGCAGUCCCUACAGGAGAGUGAUUGAUUUUCUUCUCCAGUGGUUGGUUUCAGAUUCUUUUGAACAUGUUGGACAAAAGUAAUUGAGAAGAGGAAGACCUGGAGCAAUAAGAGACAAAAGCAGCUUUUUAAGGCAAUGGUUUAACAUGGCUACGUAUCAGAAUAUCCCGUCCUUAGUGCUGAUGAUCAAGGAGCUAAAACAUUCCAUUGUGUGUGUGUGUGUCUGUGUGUGUGUCUGUGUGUCUGUCUGACUGAGAUUCACCUGGACUGGUUUGGGCAAGCAGCAUGUCCUAAAAUAUAAUAGGAGAAUCCUAUAAAGUAUAACUUUUUUUGAUGUCAAAUGCUGACACUUCUACAGAGUUAAAACUUCCUUAAUGAAGCAGGAGUGGAGGACUCCUUUGCUUUCACACACUGGAAAUGGAUUUAAAAAUAAAUGCCACCAUUUUUAGGAAGCAAGGCUAGAUGUAAAGGACUUGCCAAAUAAAUUAUUUGUUAUCUUGUCCUCAUUCGUAAUCCAGUUGCCAAUAAAUGUCAUGGACACAUCUUGCUCACAGGGUAUGGGAUAACAGGAAGAACAGCUGGUUUUCUUUUUUUGAUGUGGGGCGAGGUGUCUGAUGCUUUCCCAGUUCAGAUUCAUUUGGAAGCCAACCUAGAGGAUGGGAAGAGCAUGGUGGAGAAGUGCUGUGCUUUCCCACAACUGCUUAUCAGUGUGCAAUACUUUGUACCUCACGGAUGCUCUGGCAAUGGCCAAGGCGUUGGAAACAGAAUCCUAACUGUAUUUUUGCAGGUGCUUUUCUUUUUGCAGCCUGAUAGUCAUGGUGGUAGAAUGCAGUGAUGUUUACCAUUUGCUAGACAACCAACACACGGCUUGCUCCUUUUGACUAGAGACCAUGUCAGAUAACAAUGCUUUUAAAAUGAUCACGUUUACAUUCUUUUCUUUUCUAUGAAAGGCAGGGCAAGAACAGAAAUGUCCAUGUGGCUCUCAUGUACUUUUAAAUUAUACAACGAUAUCCAAUAUUAAAAGACUAUAGGAACUGAGGUUUACAUACGUUUGUGUGGUGACAUUUUAGAAUGUCAAUAAAUUUGUUCUUUGAAAUGUUAAGAGGAACAAGAAGGUGGGAGGCAGUGUUAUUUAUUUCUCUCUAUUCUUGGAACAAUGAAUGAGGUAGGCACAAAUACAUUCCUUAUAGAGUUAAGAACUAUGACGUAGUGAGUUAGUGAGACUAGACAUAGUACCGAGUUUAGUGCGUACAUUGGUCUUAGAGGGCAAUGGAACAAAAGAAGUACUAUCUUUGUGUUGCAGCCUCAACCAACAAUAGUGUGUUGUAAAAAUGUCUUUCAUGUAAAAAGUGCAGUAAAUAUUUACUAUUUAUAAUGAAUAAACAGUUAUGAAAACUUG